CUUCACCAUUGCCUCCCACCCCUCCCACCUUCCCCACCUCUCACCGGCCGUAUAUAAAUACGCUGUUCACAGUAGUCUACCAUUCUCUGAGGUUCCUGACGCUGUGUAGCACCUUCGCGCGUGGCUCCAACACUCCGUGUAGCGACUCCCCAGACAGUGAGGAGCUGACCCCGAACUACCCGAGUACAGUUACCACUGGUGGCGCGCGUACAAGUCUUACCUGUGGACGGAGGUGCUGACGGCGACAUGACUACCAUAGAGAAAGUUUUACUCCUGGACGGCGUGGACCCGGUGUGCGGGGAGGUCCUUCGGGAGGCCGGCAUCUCAGUCACUACACGUGGAAAACUCACAAAGGAAGAGCUCAUCAAGGAACUAACGGAUUAUGACGGCGUGGUGGUGCGCUCUGCCACGCGCGUCACAGAGGAGGUGCUGGUGGCGGGCGGCGACCGGCUGCGGGUCAUCGGACGGGCGGGCACCGGAGUGGACAACAUCGAUGUGAAAGCGGCCACUCGCAGGGGCGUCAUCGUCAUGAACACCCCUGGAGGUAACACCCUAUCUGCCGCUGAGCACACCUGCGCCAUGGUGUGCGCACUAUCUCGCUCGCUGCCCCAGGCCUGCGCCGCCCUCAAGGACGGCCGCUGGGAUCGCAAGACCUACCUGGGCUCCGAGCUGUACGGCAAGACCCUCGCCAUCGUGGGUCUGGGCAGGAUAGGGCGAGAGGUCGCGAAGCGAAUGCAGGCUUUCGGCAUGACGACCAUCGGGUAUGACCCCAUGAUCCCGGCGGAGGUGACGGCCGGAUGGGGCGUGGAAUCCUUGUCCCUGGAGGAUCUGUGGCCACGGGCAGACUACAUCACCGUGCAUACCCCGCUGCUGCCCCAUACCAGGAACCUUAUCGGCGAGAAGGUCUUCACCGUCUGCAAGCCAGGCGUGCGCGUGGUGAACGUGGCCCGCGGGGGCAUCGUGGACGAGGCCGCCCUCCUGAAGGCACUGGACUCCGGGGCGUGCGGUGGCGCUGCGCUCGAUGUUUUCUUGGAGGAGCCACCGACGGAUUUGACUCUCUGUCAGCACCCAAAGGUGAUCUGCACCCCUCAUCUGGGUGCCAACACGGUGGAGGCCCAGAGACGCGUGGCGCUGGAGAUCGCUGAGCAGAUCGUAGACAUGGCAAAGGGACGGCCAAUGACUGGCAUCGUCAACGCCCCAGCGCUCACCAACGCCAGCAACGAAGCUUUCAAGCCGUGGAUCGAGCUGGCCCAGGCCUUUGGAUACCUGGUCAAUCACCUGUCCAAAUCUGCCGAUACACCUUCACUCAGCAUCAGCGUGGAUCUUUACGGCAGCGAGGUUAGCAAGAUGGAAGCCUUCCUUGGCUCCGCCGUGCUGGUAGGGCUGCUCAAGGGCAUGACGCAGAACGGCAUCAAUCUGGUGAACGCGCCCAUGCUGGCCCAGGAAAAGGGCGUCUCCCUCUCCAUCACCGCCCACCAUAACGCCGUCCCGCCCGUGCUGGCAGCCUCUCCUGACGCUGUGCAAGUCAAAGUCGAGCGGGGUGGCAAUUCUCACAUCCUUCUCGGUAAUGCUGCCUCCGGCCAGGCGACGUUGUACGCCCUGGACGGCUGUGUGUGGGAGUCGGGUCUCACGCUGGGCCGCAACAUGCUCUUUUUCUCCGCCUCUCCCACCGCCUCUCCACUGGCAGCUAUCGCCACCCAACUGCUGGCGGAGCGCGCGGCCGUCACCUCCCUCCUCUCCUCCGCCCCAACCAAAAAAGAGGUGUGGUACGUGGCUAGGACCGAGGAGUCGGUCACCCUUCCUUCGGGCAUCCCAGGAACGCAACUCAUGGCUCAGCUCACUUUCUAAGACCCUUGCAGCACGACGUCGUAGUCGACCAGUUGUGGCAUCCUACCUAGUGAAAACGAGAAUCCCCUGCAAGGCCGCCGUCACCGGGACCUUGCGGGAGUGGCAAGGGUCCCACGAGUGGAUACUGCGUCUCUGUGUCUGUAAGGGAUGGGAGGCCACCACACCUUUGCCGUCCGUUGACCGACAUUUUUUGGCGUCGCAGAACGGGCGGACGAUGUGUUAAAUGUUUUGUGUACAAGAGGGACGACACAUUGUGAUUCCCUAAUUACAUAUGUGCACUCAGACAUUUACUGUUUACUUAAGUAUGAAAUGAGCGAACUUGGCUUCCCUUCAUAAGUAUAUCUCAUGUCAUGUGAUGCGUAUGAUGCACAUAACACUCCAUUGCUAACAUAAUUUCACGAACAUUGUUGUCACUAUACACCACAUGUAAUCAUUGCAUAUAAUAUAUUUUUCUAUAUACCUGUAUGUUAAUCUUAUAGAGUGCAAAGUACAAAGCAUUUUCUCUACUACAGUUGAUGCUUGCAAAACUUUAUAUUUGUAUUGCAGAUGCACUUUUCCGGAUUGGAUUCUGGUUUGUGAUCGAAUGUUUUCCUCUUUCUUCUCGCCCUCCUCUUUCUCUUCCUCCUUCUCCUAUCUAUUUUGCCGAGGCUCUGAAAUUUACCCCUGUUAUGGUUUGUCAAAUCUUUAUUUGUUACAUUUACUAUUACUCUUCAAUAAAGUAUGCACCCACCGAAUGACA